AUGGUGCCCCCAGUAAUCGGCAUCCGCCAUCUGCGGCCCCUGACAUCACCAUCUACCUCAGCCUCGACACCGGCCUCUAGGCCUGUUUCAACCUCGCAUCCAUUGGCCAAAGCUGAUGAUGCAGCUCAGGCUCAGGCUUUAGCUAUAGCUCAUACAGCUAUUGCUACUACUGCUGCUGCAAUCCCUCAAACAUACCGUCAUAUUGGUCACCCACUACGUUAUGGCUUCUCAAUCCGUCCAUUCCUACCGGUGCCAUCUCCCCAUCGUCCCCUCCAAAUCAGGGGCAAAAAGACCACCACUACCUUCCAGCUGUCUGAUUUGCCCCAGGGUCUAAUUCAGCCGAAGCCCGUAUCACCUCUUCCAACGUCAUCAAAGGCUUCGUCUCCCCACGAUGAGACCACAGAGCCUAUGCCGCAGCCGCUCCCGCUGCCGUCUUUGCCCCAGGAUCCUCCCGCCUACCCUACCGUGGUCCUUCAAGCCCGUCAGAACAUGCUCAAGUUUGAUAACUGUGUGUUGCUGACGAGGGUGGGAGGUUUCUAUGAGCUUUACUUCGAGCAUGCGGAAGAAUAUGGGCCCUUGCUCAACAUCAAGGUUGCUAGCAAGAAAACAAAUGCCGGCUCGGUUUCCAUGGCCGGGUUUCCUUUUUUUCAACUCGAUCGGUUUCUCAAAAUUCUUGUUCAAGAUCUCAACCGUCAUGUUGCCAUUGCUGAAGAGUUUCCAAACUCCCCUACGGCAAAAGUCAAGGCCGGUGGGCUGAUGCAUGAUCGUCGAGUCACACGUAUUGUUACUCCAGGUACUCUGAUAGACGAGAACUUCAUGGAUCCAUACGCAAAUAAUUAUGUGAUGGCAGUCUAUAUUGAUCAAAGACUUGGAGCUACAGAAACAAAUAAUAACAUCGGCCGAGUGCCGACUCCUGAUGCAGGGUCUGUGGACCACAAAUCCGCAUCCGAACCUAGAUCAGCCCAUACAGUACCGUCAGCUGUUGGUGUUGGCCGAGAUGUCGGGCAGCCUCAGGGGUCUCAAGACGCCAUGCCACUCGGCCUGGCAUGGCUCGAUCUUUCAACCGGCCAUUUCUGUACCCAGCAAGCCAAUCUUGCAUCCUUACCUGCGAUCCUAUCCCGACUAUCUCCGCGCGAACUUCUCUUGGACCAGGAAUUGCAAGCGUUCCCCAAUCACGGCAUAUUUGCUCCUCUCGCUGAGGAGCGUGGAAUUAUUUCCUACGCACCGCGGCCCCAUGACUCCCCCUUACUGGACCCAAUCAACUGGGCGCCCAUGCUCGAGUCUGCCCUGUCAGAAAGUGAAGUGAUUGCUUUCUCUUCUGCUGAGGUACACGCUGCCAGCUUCCUUCUGAGCUAUGUCAAGGACCAGCUGCUAGGCAUGAGUAUAAAAUUGCAGCCCCCACAAAGAAACGAAAAUGUAGAGGUCAUGGCCAUCGACAAGAACAGCCUACGUGGCCUUGAGAUAAAGCAAACCAUUCGUGAUGGUGUGUUUCGAGGCAGUCUAUUGCAUGCCAUUCGUCGUACCGUCACAAAGAGUGGUGCUCGCCUUCUCAAUGAAUGGUUGAGUGCGCCCUCGGCUUCCCUCGAGAUCAUCACUGGUAGACAAGACCUCGUCGCUCUGUUUAUCGACGAUGCAAACGUUUGUGAUUCUGUAAUUAUAUUGUUGCGGAGGAGUUAUGACUCCCAGCGCCUUGUUCAGAAGUUCACUCUUGGUCGUGGUGACGCCGACGACCUCCUGGGUUUGGCCAGUACCAUUGACGCAACUAAGGAGAUUGUAGACCUGCUGAAGAAGGCCAAUAUACCAUCUCGCAAAGCCAAGUCCCCCUGCUUGACUUCAUUGCUCUCCCGAAUCAGUAUGACCAAGUCGUUGAAGCUUGCUCAACGUAUAAGGGAUGCAAUUGACGAAGAUGGAAUUGAGUUACAGCAUGAAGUAGAGGACUCUGAGACCAGCCAAAUGCUAGCUCUUGCCGAAGACGUCGUCAGCAAUGAGGGGUCACUGGAUGAUGCAGCUUCUCUUCCCAAAGGCAAGCGAAAACGGCCCGCCAGUAUUCGCGACUAUUACGCCGAAGACAACGACGCUUGGAUCAUGAAACCUGCUGCCAGUCCGACAUUGAAACGGCUUCAUGCUGACCUAGCAACUCUGGUAGAGGAAAAGAUAGCCCUCAACGAAAGCCUACGCGAAUCCCUCAACGCCCCCAGUCUGUCCCUCAGAUGGACACCCGGACUCGGUCAUAUCGCUCACAUCAAAGGUAAAGACGCUCGGAAUCUUGUUGAUGUACAAGCUCUUUCAUCGAGUCGUUCCACACGAUCUUUCCACAUCACCGAGUGGACGCAUUUAGGGCAGCGACUCGAUCAGGUUCGUGCACAAAUUCGUACUGAGGAACAAGUCGUUUUCCACUCUCUUCGAGAACAUGUCGUUAAGAACAUUGUUAACCUACGCCGCAAUGCCGCCGUCCUCGACGAACUCGAUAUCGCAACGUCCUUCGCUAAGCUCGCUCAAGAGCAAAGCCUCGUACGACCCGUUAUGAACAACACGACUAGUCACACCAUCAUGGGAGGGCGGCAUCCCACUGUCGAAGGUGGUCUUUUCGAGCAGGGAAGAGGGUUUGUGCGCAAUGAUUGUUUGGUUGGGUCGUCUAAAGAUGGCCGCAUUUGGCUUAUCACGGGCCCCAACAUGGCAGGUAAAAGCACGUUCCUACGGCAAAACGCUCUCAUCACGAUCUUGGCUCAGAUCGGUUGCUACGUGCCUGCAUCAUACGCAGAGCUGGGUAUAGUAGACGCCAUAUUUAGCCGUGUGGGCUCGGCCGACAAUUUGUAUCAAGAUCAGAGCACCUUCAUGGUGGAGAUGCUGGAGACGGCAGCUAUUCUCAAGCAAGCAACCUCCCGAUCAUUCGUCAUCAUGGAUGAGAUCGGUCGAGGCACGACGCCCGAGGAUGGUACAGCUGUCGCCUUCGCAUGUCUUCAUCACCUGGCAACAGUCAAUCAAUGCCGCACUUUGUUUGCAACACACUUCCAUUCUGUGGCAGACUUGGCCGCAGCCGAGGGAUUGUGCUCGACAGAGGCGGGCAUCGUUCAGACAUACUGCACCGACGUAGUGGAGGAUGACCAAGGAGGUUUCUUCUACAAUCACAAACUACAGAAAGGCAUUAACAGACAAAGCCACGCAUUGAAAGUUGCGAAACUGGCUGGACUGCCAGACAAAGCUAUUGGCACAGCAAGACGGGUAUUACACAAUGACGCUCCUGAGCCAAACGGAUCAGGUGAAGUCAGAGCAGGCCAGGAUUAG